AUGAAUGAUAAGGGCGAAAAGGUCCAAUUGGACACCAUCACACCAGAAGAAGAGAAGAAAGUAUUGAGGAAAAUCGACUUGAUCGUCUUGCCCCUGUUCUUCUUGAUCUAUGGAUUCCAGUACCUCGACAAGAUUGCCCUGAGCUAUGCCGCCAUAUUUGGAAUGAAGACCGAUCUUCACCUCGUAGGACAAGAUUACUCAUGGUGUGCGAGCAUAUUCUACUUUGGUCAACUUGCCUCCGAGUUCAUCGCUAUCAAGGCAUUGCACAUUUUCCCCAUCAAGCUGUAUGUAGGAGUCACUGUGGUCGCCUGGGGAGCUAUCAUGAUGUGUAAUGCGACACCUCAUGAUUUUGGAGGUCUCAUGGUCGCGCGCUUCUUCCUUGGCCUCAUGGAAGGUAGUGUCGCUCCGGCCUUUGUCGUCUUGAUCUCGCAUUGGUACAGAAAGCACGAGCAUCCUCUUCGUAUCGCAGUCUUUGUCACGGCCGAUGCUGUAGCCCAGAUUGUCGGAGCUCUUCUCCUCUUUGCACUUGGUGGUGUCGACUCUGCGGCGAUAGCAGGAUGGCGGAUCUCCUUUCUCGUUGCUGGGACCCUGACCAUCCUCAUCGGAGGGAUCUUUCUCCUUGUCGUCCCAGUGUCCCCUCAUGCUGCCUGGUUCCUGAACGAGAGAGAAAAGUACGUCGCCGUAGAGCGAGUCGCAAGAGAACAUGCGAGCGGUCAGCAUUCCGAAUGGAGAUGGGAUCAGAUGUAUGAAACGCUCAGGGAUCCGCUCUUUUAUCUCAUCUUCACUUGGGCGUUUUGUAUCUGCGCAACUUCAGUCGUCAGCUUCGGUUCCAUUGUCAUCAAUGGGUUUGGCUUCUCUCCCUUGAAGACUGUCAUCGUUGGUUUGCCAGGACCGGCCAUUCAAAUCACAACCAUUUGGCUGGCGGUCUUGGCCACACGGAUCUGGAAAGGGGCAAGAGGGUUCAUCCAAACCGCGUUCAUCCUUCCGCCCCUCAUCGGCGUCAUCAUGCUCCAGACGCUGCCAUACGAGCGUAAAUGGGCCUUGACAGGGGGUUAUUGGCUGGCCACCUGCAACUCCUCCGUGUUCGUCAUCAACAUGUCUCUGAUCUCUUCCAACAUCAAGGGUCACACGAGAAAAUCACUGUGCUCAUCCGUCUACUUCAUUGGCUAUGCGGUCGGAUGUGUCGUCGGUCCUCAAUUGUUCAUCUCCGUCGAGGCACCACUGUACCCCACGGCCAUGCGAACCAUUGCGGGGCUCUACGUCGUCUUCAUCAUUGCCCAACUGACGUUCAUGGGCCUCAAUUGGAAGGAGAAUCGUAGACGGGACAAGUUGGCAGCUGGAGGGAUGGAGAGAGCUAUUCAUAGACCUGCAGCUGGGGAAGACAACGAAACAGACAAAGAGGACCUGGGAUUCCGGUAUGUCCUGUAG